GGGAGUGACGCAGCGUGUUCUGGCCCCGCCCUCCCCUCCGUACUCUAUUCGCUGCGGGAUCCGGAAUUGUGCAGCGCGCGGCUCGGGACUCUCCAUGCUCCGGUUCAGACCAAGAAUAUCUGAUGAUUCCUUGUAGUCAUUCCAUACCCUGCACACAUCAGCUUUAUUGCGAAGAGAUUCAGGGGAAAUCGCACUGGACAGAUUGGCCUUUGGAGUUAGUACAGCUAUCACCUACCGUGUGGGUGUGGAUUUGUCUUCAUCUGUGCUGAGUUCUUCUUAGUCUGCAGCCAUGCCGGCCUUGUCAACUGGAGCUGGAAGUGACACAGGUCUGUAUGAGCUCUUGGCUACACUACCGGCCCAGCUGCAGCCGCAUGUGGACAGCCAAGAAGACCUGACCUUCCUCUGGGAUAUGUUUGGUGAAAAAAGUCUUCAUUCACUGGUAAAGAUCCAUGAAAAGUUACAUUACUAUGAGAAGGAGAACCCACAGCCCAUCAUACACAGUGCCACAGCCUUGGCAGAAGAUCUGGCUGAAGAGCUGCAGAGCAAGCCCCUGAACAGCGAGAUCAGAGAAUUGUUAAAGCUGCUGUCAAAACCAAAUUUCAAGGCCUUGCUGUCCGUACAUGACACAGUGGCUCAGAAGAGCUAUGACCCAGUCCUCCCUCCCAUGCCGGAAGACAUUGAUGAUGAUGAAGAUUCAGUGAAAAUUAUCCGGCUUGUGAAGAACAGAGAACCGCUGGGUGCUACAAUAAAGAGAGAUGAGAACACAGGAGCCAUUGUUGUGGCCAGGAUAAUGCGAGGUGGAGCUGCUGACAGAAGCGGUCUUAUCCAUGUGGGUGAUGAAUUAAGGGAAGUCAAUGGAAUAAGUGUAGAAGAUAAAAAACCAGAAGAAAUCAUCUAUAUUUUGGCGCAGUCCCAAGGUGCAAUAACAUUUAAAAUCAUACCAACUAUCAAGGAGGAAUUGCAAAAUAAUGAAGGAAAGAUGUUUGUUAAAGCUCUCUUUGACUACUAUCCUAUUGAGGAUAAAGCAAUUCCUUGUAAAGAAGCCGGACUUGCAUUCAGCAAGGGAGAUAUACUUCAGAUCAUGAGCCAGGAUGAUGCAACUUGGUGGCAAGCCAAACACGAAGGUGAUGCCAAUCCCAGAGCUGGAUUGAUCCCUUCAAAACAAUUCCAAGAGAGGAGAUUUGCACUAAGGAAGCCGGUAGUCCUGACGCAACCACAGAAAAUCUCCAACAGAAAAUCAUCCGGUUUUCGGAGAAGUUUUCGUCUCAGCAGGAAAGACAGAAAAACAAAUAAAUUCAUGUACGAAUGUAAGAAGAGCGACCAAUAUGAUACAGCAGAUGUUCCAACCUUUGAAGAAGUGGCAUUGUAUCAACGACAGCCUAAUGAGAAAUACAGGCUGAUCAUCUUGGUUGGUCCAGUGGGUGUUGGAUUAAAUGAACUGAAGAGGAAAGUUUUGAUCAGUGACACCCAGCAUUAUGGAGUAACAGUACCACAUACAACCCGAGGAAAGAGGAGCCAAGAGUGUGAUGGUGUGGAAUACAUAUUUAUCUCCAAACACUUAUUUGAAGCAGACAUACACAAUAACAAGUUUAUUGAGUACGGCGAAUAUAAGAACAAUUACUACGGCACAAGUAUCGACUCUGUACGGUCUGUGCUGACCAAAAACAAAGUGUGUUUGUUGGAUAUUCAGCCCAGUAGCAUAAAACACUUAAGGACCUAUGAAUUUAAGCCUUACGUGAUAUUCAUCAAGCCACCAUCCAUUGAACGCUUGCGAGAGACCAGGAGGAACUCCAAAGUGAUCUCCAGCAAAGAUGAGCGGACAAGCUCAAAACACUUUACAGAUGAAGACUUUGAAGAGAUGAUAAGAUCAGCGCAGCUCAUGGAAGCCCAAUAUGACCACUACUUUGACAAAAUUAUAAUAAACGAUGACCUCACUACAGCACACAAUGAACUCAAAUCUAGUCUGGACAGGCUGGAGAGAGACAGCUACUGGGUUCCUGUAAGCUGGCUCCAUUCCUGAACUCUGUAGCACCAAUAGUUUUUAUUUUAUGUUCUUUUUUAAAAAUAUCUGUACAAACGCAGUGGGAUUCCUCAUCCACUCUGGCUGAAUGCAUUUUGA